GCUACGUACCCGACUCAAGUGCAGUCUGAGGCAAUGUUUGAGGUAUCAGAACGUUGAUAGUCAUUGCCGAAGCAGCUGAACUGAGCUUUCAGAAACCACCGUGAGGAAGGAGAUGGCAGCGAUGGCUUGGCCGCAUAUACUUCACUCUUCUCCGAUGCUUAGACCCUCCUUGCUCCUUCGAAAGCUCUCUCACUCCCUGUACUCGUCCUCUCUAUGUUCAAUCCCUUGCAAAAUCUCCACAACUCGUCGCUUCUGCUCUAACUUCGAUUAUGUUCCCCAGUGUUCGUCGCUGGCGAGUGAACCAGGCGUCUCCAUAGUUGGUGAUCUUCUCGAUUAUUUAAACGAGUCCUGGACACAAUUCCAUGCUACGGCUGAAGCAAAACGAAAAUUAAUUGCUGCUGGUUUUCAUCUGCUAAAUGAGAAUGAAGAAUGGGACCUAAAGCCUGGUGGACGCUACUUUUUUACUCGAAAUAUGUCUUGCAUAGUUGCUUUUGCUGUUGGUGAAAAAUAUAGUGUUGGCAAUGGUUUUCAUGUCAUAGCUGCACACACAGACAGCCCAUGUCUAAAAUUAAAACCCAAAUCAGCAUCAUCCAAAUCAGGCUAUCUGAUGGUUAAUGUGCAGACAUAUGGGGCUGGAUUAUGGCAUACGUGGUUUGAUAGAGAUUUGAGUGUCGCUGGGAGAGUCAUUGUGAGAAGUAGUGGUGACACUUAUUUGCACAAGCUUGUCAAAGUGAAGAGACCUCUUCUACGGAUACCAACACUUGCCAUUCAUCUUGACCGCACAGUGAACCAGGAUGGUUUUAAACCAAAUCUAGAGACUCACUUACUUCCGUUACUUUCAAUGAAACUCGAGGAAAUUUCUGAUUCAAAAGAGAAGACUGCAAUAUCCAAGGUUGCUCAUCAUUCACUGCUUAUGGAGGUUUUGUCAGAUGAGUUGAAUUGUCAGGCUGAUGACAUAGUGAGUGUUGAACUGAAUGUUUGUGACACUCAGCCUAGCUGCGUUGGAGGUGGAAACAAUGAAUUUAUAUUUUCUGGAAGAUUAGAUAAUCUUGCUUCAAGUUAUUGUGCCUUGAGGGCACUUAUUGAUUCAUGUGAAUCUCCGGGCGAUUUAACCAAUGAGCAUGCAAUACGAAUGGUUGCUUUGUUUGACAAUGAGGAGGUGGGUUCAGGUUCUGUUCAAGGAGCUGGUGCACCUACCAUGUUUCAGGCGAUGAGACGCAUUACAAGUGGCUUAACUGAUAGCCAUGUUGGGGAAGGCUCUUUUGAGCGCAGCAUUCGCCAAUCAUUUCUGGUGUCUGCAGACAUGGCCCAUGGGGUUCACCCAAAUUUUACAGAAAAGCAUGAAGAACAUCACCGACCUGAAUUGCAAAAAGGACUUGUUAUUAAGCACAAUGCAAAUCAGCGCUAUGCUACUAGUGGAAUAACAUCUUUUCUUUUUAAAGAAGUUGGAAAAAUCCAUAACCUUCCAACUCAGGAAUUUGUGGUUAGAAAUGACAUGGGAUGUGGAUCGACCAUAGGUCCCAUACUUGCAUCUGGGGUUGGCAUCCGAACUGUUGAUUGUGGAAUUGCUCAACUUUCAAUGCACAGUGUGAGAGAAAUAUGUGGAAAGAAAGAUGUGGACAUAGCUUACCAGCAUUUCAAGGCUUUCUAUAAAACCUUUUCAAGCAUAGACAAGACGAUCAGCGUGGAUUUCUGAGUUGGAUCUCCUUGGUACCAUGACAUUAUCAUGAAAGAGUUCCACUUCACUUCUGACUACCGAGUUCAAAAGGUGCCCUGUCCACGACUCCAUUAACCCAUCUGACCCGGUGGGGAGCUGGUAAUGAAUCAAAACUAAGCAUUUUUUUAGCUCCAUUUUACUUCAGUGUCAGUUCCGGCAAUAAAGCUUUGAUUGGCAUUAUUGAAGCAUUUGUAUUUUAUUUCUUAUCUAUUCUUUUUAUCGGAUGAUGUAGUAGUUCUGCAAAUAAGUUAAACAUCACCUACUCAAAUGGCUUCUGAAAUAUAAUUGGGAUUUAAUUUAGACUU